UCAUCUCUUAUUGUAUAUUCCCAUAUUGAAAAGUGAAUUAGUACAAUGAGUAUUGACUGAUACCAAAUGGGUUUUUGUCGCAUAAUGCUAUGGAAAUUGCAAAAACACUUCCCAGACAUUUUGAGUGAGAUGAACGACAGUUGACUUUCCUUUUUAAAUUGAAUUCCACAUAGACUUUCCACCCUUAAAACUAAAAACUCCCUAUAAAUACUCCAAUCUUAUACCCUCCAAAUUACCACCAUUAAUCAACACAAUCAUUUCCUUCUUUCAGUCCCAGGGAAAAAAGUGUUAUUAAAAAAAAAAAAAAUCAUAAAAAGAAAUGGAGAUCAUCUCCGUCAUCUCCAAUUGGGCACCAUACGCCGCCGUAUGGUCGGCAACUCUACUCCUCUUCCUCCUCUCCAAACACUACCUCCACCGCCAAAAGAAGCACUACAACUUCGCACCAGGGCCGAAACCAUGGCCCAUCAUCGGCAACCUGAACCUCAUCGGCCCACUCCCGCACAAAUCCCUCCACCAGCUCUCCAAAAAAUACGGGCCCAUUAUGCAGUUCCGCCUCGGCUCCCACCCGGCCGUUGUCGCCUCCUCCGUCGAGAUGGCCAAAAUCUUCCUCAAAACCAUGGACCUCAGCUUCGUCGGCAGGCCCAAAACCGCCGCCGGAAAAUACACCACCUACAACUACUCCGACAUCACCUGGUCCCCGUACGGGCCGUACUGGCGCCAAGCCCGGAGAAUGUGCCUGACCGAACUAUUCAGCGCCAAAAGACUCGAAUCCUACGAAUACAUCCGGGUCGAAGAACUGAAUUCCCUGAUUGCAAACCUUUUCAAAUCCUCCGGGAAGCCCAUUUUGCUAAAAGACCAUCUUUCGACACUGAGCUUAAACGUGAUAAGCCGGAUGGUGUUGGGCCGAAGGUAUCUGGAUGAAACAGAGAACCCGAUUGUUAGCCCGGAAGAAUUCAAGAAGAUGCUGGAUGAGUUGUUUUUGCUGAAUGGGGUGUUCACCAUUGGGGAUUUGAUCCCUUGGCUAAAUUUCUUGGAUUUGCAAGGCUACGUUAAGAGGAUGAAGAAUGUGAGCAAGAAGUUUGACCGGUUCUUGGAACAUGUUCUAAAUGAGCAUAUUCAGAACAGGAAAGUUGAUGUCGGUGAUGAUGAAGGAAAUGGAAAGAAUAAGAGUAAGGAUAUGGUGGAUGUUCUGUUGGAUCUUGCCAAUGAUCCCACUUUGGAAGUUAAGCUUGAGAGGCAUGGAGUCAAAGCUUUCACUCAGGACUUGCUAGCUGGAGGAACCGAGAGCUCAGCAGUAACUGUGGAAUGGGCCAUUGCUGAACUACUCAAGAAGCCCAAACUUUUCGAGAAGGCAAUUGAAGAAUUGGACCGGGUCAUCGGACAAAACCGAUGGGUCAAGGAGAAUGAAGUGCACAACCUUCCAUACAUAGAAGCCAUUGCUAAAGAAACAAUGCGUUUACAUCCAGUGGCACCGAUGUUGGUUCCUAGAUGUGCUAGAGAAGACUGCAAAGUUAACGGUUAUGAUAUCAAGGAAGGGACUCGGAUUUUCGUGAACGUUUGGACCAUAGGCAGAGAUCCGGAUGUGUGGGAAAACCCGGAAGAAUUUAACCCGGAUAGAUUUAUCGGGAAGAAUAUUGACGUUAAUGGUCAUGAUUAUGAAUUGUUACCAUUUGGUUCUGGGAGAAGGAUGUGCCCGGGAUACAACUUGGGGAUUAAGGUUAUUUAUGCUAGCUUGGCAAAUCUUCUGCAUGGGUUCAAAUGGAAGCUGCCCGAUAAAAUGGGCCCUGAAGAUUUGAACAUGGAGGAAAUAUUUGGACUUUCUACUCCAAAGAAGAUCCCACUGGUCGCUGUUGCUGAGCCUCGGCUUCCUCCCAACCUUUACUCUUUCUGAUGAUUAAAGGCUCUAUGUUUGUUAUCAUCAAGAUGCUUGUUAUAUACUCCCUCCAUCCCAUUAUUAUUGUCCAAUUUAGAUUUUUAUUUUUAGUUCAAAUUAUACUAAAAGUGAAAUCUCAGAUUGGACAAUAAUUUUGGAAUAGAGGGAGUAAAUAUUGUAACUUAUCUAGACGGUGUAACUUAUUAUAAAAUAAGUUGAAACUAAGAUUGGGAAAAUGGAAUAAUGCGUUUCCAUAGUGAUGUUAUUUGUGACUUAAUCUUCAUUGUAUGUGUAUGUAUGCAGGCCGUAUUUGAGAGUUAAAAGAGUUAUAUUUAUUUUCCAAAAUACUUAUUAAUUGCUAA